AUGCCAAUGCUNAAUGGUCAUAUCAAUAGUGUCAAUUCUGUCUGUAUCUCUCCUGAUGGUAAUACAUUAGCUUCUGGUAGUGAUGAUUGUUUCAUCAUAUUAUGGGAUAUAAAUACAGGAGAAUAAAAAGUCAAAUUGGGUGGUCAUACUAAUACUAUCUAUUCUGUCUGUUUCUCUCUUGAUGGAUUUUUAUUAGGAUCUGGUAGUAGUGAUUACACUGUUCGUCUAUGGGAUAUUUAAACAGGAACAAACAAAACUAAAUUAGAUGGUCAUAUUAACAAUUACUAAUCAGUUUGUUUCUCUCCUUAUGGUAAUAUAUUUACAUUGGGUAGUGAUCAUGAGUCUAUCCGUUUAUGGGAUGUUAUAACAGGAAUCGAAAUUUAACCUGCUGAUAACAAUUAUAGAGAAGUUCUUGAAAAAAGUAAGACUCUAAUUUAAUAGAACAAUAGUAUUACAAAUUUUGGUAUUUAUUUUUAUUUAUUUAAGUUAAUUCUAAUAUUCCACUUCUCGUUUUAUCUACAAAUCCGUAUUUAUAAUCAAAUGGAACUUUAGUCUUGAAAGGAGAAUUUGUGACUUUUUAAGGAGAAGAUUUAAGGAUAUUAUUUCAAUAGAGAGGAAGUUAUAUUUUGGAUACCCUCGUAGAUAUUACUUAAAAGAAAAAUGAUAAUUGUGUAAUAUCAUGA